UCUCUCUCUCUCUCACACACACACACCCACACACACGCUACUCUCUCUCUCUCUCUCUCUCUCUCUCUCUCACAACGCGCCUCUGUAAGACAAAACCGUGGAUCUAUCUCACCAUUCACCUUUCUCCCUCUCUCUGCUCAGUAAAACUGUCCAGAGGCAGAACAGGUAUCUCUCUAAAACUCCUGUAUAACCAUUUCCCCAAUUUCAUAUGUUUUUAUCGGGGUUAGAUCGAUCUUCUUUCACCCUGUAAAAUGAUAAACUGAGAAUCGUUAGAUCUAACCCCAAAUCGAUACUCAUACUCUCCUUUAGGGCUUCCUUCUCUCUCUAUCAAAACGAAGCUUUCCUCAGUUCCACACGCCCUACCCCACCUCAAAUUUGACCACUUUCAGAGCUCCCUCCUCUCUCUAUAUAUAUAGAUAUAUAGACACACAAACUUAUCUAUAUAUUCAUAUUUAUUUUCUUCCGAUGUCUUCUCUUCGCCCAGAUCUGACAACCAGAAUCUACCCGGAACCCUACACUUCCGUCGCCGGCAUGGACCAUUUCGAUCGAUUGCCGGAUUCUCUGCUCCUCCUGGUCUUUAACAUGAUUGGAGACGUCAAAGCCCUAGGUCGAUGCGGCGUUGUUUCGCGGCGCUUCCACAGCUUGGUACCUCAGGUGGAGAACGUGGUGGUCCGCGUUGAUUGCGUCAUCUCCGACGACGACGCUUCCUCUGCAUCUGGGUCGUCAGAUAAAUCACGCGGUGCGGUCUCCAACCUUUUCCGGCUUGUAUUCGGUGGAAUCGUGAAACCCCUCCAAGCCCUUGGUCAAUUUCUGGGCCCAAAAAGGUCGAACUCCGGUUCGUCCUCCCUCGCUGUUGGCCGUGGGUCCGCGGUUGGCGUCGAUGACGAUAUUGACCAGGGUGGGGUGACCCACCAUUCGCCUACCCAAGUGUUGAAGAAUUUUGACGAGAUCAAAUUUCUCAGAAUUGAGCUUCCUAGUGGUGAAUUGGGCAUAGAUGACGGUGCUUUGUUAAAAUGGAGGGCCGAUUUCGGGUCAACACUCGAUAAUUGUGUGAUCCUUGGUGCUUCUUCAGUGAUUUAUCCAGGACCUACUAAGUGCUUGCUCUCACAAGACGGAAAUGUUGAUGGGUUUUGUGGUAAUAUGAAUUGUGGUGGCAGUGGAGACGAUAAUGGGAGCAUACCUGAGUCCUUUUACACGAAUGGGGGCUUGAAAUUGCGGGUUGUUUGGACAAUUAGUUCGUUGAUAGCUGCGUCAGCGAGGCACUACUUGCUUCAGCCGAUAAUUGCAGAGCACAAGACAUUGAAUAACUUGGUUUUGACCGAUGCUGAUGGGCAGGGGGUGUUGUGUAUGAACAGGGAUCAGUUGGAGGAGUUGAGGGUGAAGCCGUUGUCCGCAUCAUCGGCAUCAAAGAGGACCCUUGUUCCGGCUCUGAACAUGAGGCUGUGGUAUGCCCCACACUUGGAAUUGCCUGAUGGGACUGUGCUGAAGGGGGCAACAUUGGUUGCAAUCAAGCCUAGCGAGCAAUUGGUAGCAAAGAAGGAGGCGUCGGAUGGGUCUUGGGUUUCGACUGCUUUUGAGGAGCCAUACGGGACGGCAGCAAAGAUGUUGGUGAAAAGAAGAACCUAUUGUCUUGAGAUGAAUUCCUUCUGAGGGCAAUGCAUGGCUGAGGGAAAGGACAGUUCUUUAAGGAGAGUGUAGAAAGCAUACAAUUUUGUUUGCACGAAGCUUAAUUUGAUGACAGUGCUCCGUCAAGCCAAAUAUUGCGUCCUGCUUGCACCUGAAACGUCAGCUUGGUUGAUUAUUCGGUGCAAAUCUAUUAACUUCUUUGCUUGACUGAUGGAUGAAAUGCGGCUUCUUUUUGUUUUAUUUCAGGCAUAUGCUUGUAAGAAUUGCACAUAAUGCAACUAGAUUGAUGCUGUAAGAGAUGUGAGCCUUUGAGUUUGUAGACUUUUUCAUUUCUUAAAUAUGUGAAUAUUGUAGUUAUGAAUUUGUUAUGCUUAUUUGAUGCAAUUAUUAAAUGCAGUUAACAGUGUA